CUCAUACGUAGCCAAGUAAUGGUUAACUUCAAGACUGGACAAAGUACAGCAUGCCGGUGACCAAUUCAAGAACAUAGCCAACUUUAGGGAUACCGCGCGGGACAACAGUGGCAUCGGGUAUACUGUUUGUGGACAUACAUUCUUACUGAUCCCAUUUAUUGGUUGAUAGUGUUCUAGGAACCUACAGCACGGAACAUUGAAGAACCCCUACCUUGUGUGUUUUCCGACCUGCGUCGUCGUGAACGAGAGACCAAAAGGUGCAAAAGAGCGGGAUUUUGGUACCACUCCUCUCAGUAAGGGGUUGUGGCAAAGCCAAUCAUGAACUGCUUUGGCUCUCCCCCAGGCGAGGACAUUCCCCCCCCACGUUCCAGACGCUCCUCAAACAACAUGGCCGCCAACUCAGCAACGCCCCCCUCUGACAGGCGUUUCCUCAUCUUCUUCGACUUUGACGAGACCAUUGUGGAUGAAAGCAGUGAUGACGUGGUGGUGCAGGCGGCCCCAGGCCAGAACCUCCCCACCUGGCUGAAGGACACCUACCGGCCAGGCCACUACAACGAGUACAUGCAGCGCGUGCUGGCCUACAUGGCAGAGAAGGGCGUGAACGAGAGCGCCAUCCGCUCCGUCAUCGAGAAGAUCCCCGCCUCUCCCGGCAUGCUGGCCCUGUUCCAGUUCCUCCGCCACUGCCCCCCGCAGGACUUUGAGGUGGUGCUGGUGUCUGAUGCCAACACCUUCUUCAUCGAGUCCUGGCUCCGCCGCGUUGGGGCCCGCCAGCUCUUCGUCAAGAUCUUCACCAACCCUGCCACCUUCGACAAGGAUGGCCGGCUGGUGCUGCGCCCCUUCCACUCCCACAGCUGCCUGCGCUGCCCAGAGAACAUGUGCAAGCAGGUGAUCUUGAGGGACUAUGUGAUGCGACGGACGCAGGAGCGCGGGCGGCCGUUCCAGAGGGUAUUCUACGUGGGCGAUGGGGCCAACGACUUCUGCCCAUCUCUGAUCCUGGGCCCCAGAGACACUGCGUUCGCCCGGCGGGACUACCCCAUGCACCGGCUGAUCACUGAGAUCCACGAGGCCAGGCCGGGGGAGUUCAAGGCUGUCACUGUGCCCUGGGCCAGUGGGGAUGAUGUGGUGGAGCGACUCAGGAAGCACGCAGAGGAGAAAUGAUGAAGCUAGGGGGCGGGGGGGGCGCGGGGGUAAACCGCCUGCUCACACACACACAAAUAUUCAGAGACACACACACACACACACACACUCGUACACAAAUGGCAAAUCAAAUACCCACAAAACCACAUACUGACACACAUCAAUGAAAAAACACUCUCCGCUCAAGAAUAGAGCAUGCCAAUUGAACAGUCCUUUGAUAUAUUGCCUGCGACAGACAGUGUCACCCUUCCAGUCAGUCCAUCUGUCUUACUCUGACUCAGCCAUAGAGCUAGAAAUACUGUAGUCUUUCAGCCCACCUCCUCUCACACUGGGCUAAAGGUCAAUCAGAGACACCAACCCAAUAACAGAAUCAACUCUGUUAGUCAUUACAGAGACCUAUGCCUUGGUUGAUACCCUACCAAUCAGGCCAGUAUUUUGUCAGUCAAGCUUUUAAAGGGAUUGAUCCUCUUACUCUUGAUUUGAGAAGGAAGAGGAACAAACAUAAAUCAUUGCCUGAAUUGGGCGUUCUGCAGUGAUGCAUGUAGGACUGAUAAAUUACCUGUAUUCCUUUGUUGACACUGAGCUUAGUUGGUUUAUUAACAAUCAAACUUGGUCAGUAGCGCAGCAGAUCCUAUUAAUUAGUGGCCCGUACUCUGACUAUAGCCCUCUCCAGUCCACCCAAUGGCAUUGUCGAUGCUAAAUGAAUGGGUGGCUAUUCCAGUGUAAUUCUUAAAUCUUAUAUUUUCAAUAAUAAAUGGUGUUGUUUACGUGUUCUUUGUGAAAUAGAGAAUUGAUGGCUGAUCUGGGAAAAAAUGAAUGUGACAACAUCGCCAUCUACUGGCAGAUCUACAGAUUGCAACUGGGGACCAGUUUUAACGUUUUGGGAAAUAAAUUGAAAUGGAACUAAAAAUGUCCUGUACCAUAUGACAUAGCUAUAUAACUAAAUAUUGUGUCAUUUUAAAACAUAUGUAUGUAUUAUUAUUUAUGUAUGUCUGUUUUUAAUAUGUACCAUGUACUUGUACCAACAUGUUCCACUACCAGCAGGAAAAUAAAGCCAUGAACUAAA